AUGGCACCCUUCGUUUCAACCGCCUUACCCGAGGGUCGGCCAAAGAAGAUAGAACGCCCUCCUUGGCACGGAACCUGUUUGUACCAACACGAAACCUCGCCAUGGUUCGAAGAGUCCCUCCGGCUUGCGACAGAAAAUCGGAGAAAGGUAGCUGUACCCCCAGGCCACACAGCCAAAUCACUGGAGGAGGCCCUGCUCGAUUUGGCAAACAUCUUGGGGCAGGAGUGGGUAAAACUGAAUGACGUACCUCUGAUUGACGGCGAUUAUCACGCUGUUCCUCUGUCGCACGACAGCUAUCAUAUUCUUGAUCCUGGUGACUUCGUGGCCUCGGCUGUUUGUUGGCCGGCCAACACCGAGGAGGUAUCUAAGACAGUUGUAUGGGCCAAUAAGUGGAAGGUGCCAAUCUGGCCAUUAUCUAUCGGCCGCAAUUUGGGAUACGGCGGUUCCGCUCCUCGUGUCCGGGGUUCCGUUGUACUCGACCUUGGCAGACGGAUGAAUAAGGUGUUAAACGUGGAUGUCGAGAACGCAGUGUGCCUGAUAGAGCCCGGCGUCCAAUAUGUCACCCUGUACGAGUACUUACAAAGCAUCGGAGUGGGGAACGACCUUUGGAUCGAUGUGCCAGACUUGCCCGGGGGAUCGGUUAUGGGCAAUGCAUUGGACCGGGGGGUUGGAUAUACUCCUUAUGGGGACCACUGGGCGCACCACAUUGGCAUGGAGGUAGUAACUCCUACAGGGGAGAUCAUUAGGACAGGCAUGGGCUCCAUGGAGGGGUCCGAGUGCUGGCAGUUGUUCCGCUAUGGAUUCGGCCCACACCAGGACGGCAUCUUCACUCAGUCGAAUUUUGGGAUUGUCACGAAGAUGGGCAUGGAACUUUUGCCGAAUCCAGGUGGCGUCAGAGUUUUUAUGGCUGCUUUCCCGAAAUAUGCGGAUCUCCAUGAAGCCAUUGAAGUGAUACGGCCCCUAAUGAUCCGCAAGGUGAUCGGCAAUGUCCCCAUGGUGCGCCUGGGGCUUCAGGAUGCCUCUCUGUAUAAAACCCGAGACGAUUUCGAGCUCGAUGAGAGGGGCGUCGUCAAGCCAGAGUCGGCGCAGAAAGUCAUCGAAGAGUUGAAUACCGGAGCAUGGGUUUUCUAUGCGGCUCUGUACGGUCCAGACGAGGUAACACUCGCCAAGUACCAGUACAUCCAAGAACAAUUCCAUAGGCGCAUCCCGAACACCAAGUUUUAUCAGAGGGAAGAUGUCCCGGAGAACCACUACCUCCACAACUACGCACGUUUUACUACUGGCAUUCCCACAUGGCGGGAACUGGAUCGAAUGAAGUGGAUCCCCAACGCUGCGCACCUCUUCUUUGCUCCCCUCUCGGCCAACAACGGCAAAGAUGCUGGUCGGCAGGCGAACAUGUUUAGAGCCAGAAUGGAGGAGUACGGCUUCAACUACCUGGGAACCUUCUUCAUAGGGACGCGCGCGAUGCACCACGUCAUCUCAUUCAUGUAUAACCGGAAAGAUGUCGCCGAGAAGAAGAAGGCCCUGGCUUGUAUCAGGGCACUGAUCGCGGAUGCAGCAAGCAUAGGGGUCGGUGAAUACAGAACGCAUUUAGCACUUCAGGACCAAGUCGCCAAGACGUAUAACUGGAAUAACGGGGCUAUCAUGAAGUUCAACGAGCAAUUGAAGGACGCAUUAGACCCUAAUGGCAUCCUUCAACCUGGCCGGUCAGGUAUCUGGCCCAAGGAUUAUCGAGGCAAAGGUUUUGAACUGUGGGGAGGCGAAGAGCGUAGCAACCUGGUUGAGAACCAAGACGGUUUGAACCUAACACUGACGCCAUAA